UCUUCAGCCGGUCUGAUAGAGUGCGGUACAUAGUGGAGUAAGCACACGGUCAACGCGUGCCAUGCCCAGUGUAGUCUGUCAGGAGUCUGAGGCUCUGGAUUAGCCAACAGGUGUUAAUUUUUGUGAUUGUUUAAUUUGCUGAAUCAGUUUUUUACAAAAGAUCUAGCCAAAAUGUAUCGAAUAAUUGCCCUGAUGUGUGCGAUGUUUUUUAACUUGGUGAUAUCGAUCCGCACAGUGAACUAUACGUGCACGAUCAGUUCCGAAGGUUUUUGCAUAUACCAAGGAGUUCGGAUAAACAGUCCCGAAGAAGCAAGCAGUGUGCAGCUGCUGGCACCAAACUACGAGUUGACGAAGGUAAAGUUCCGAGAGUCGGCCAUGGUGGAACUUCCCGACAACAUCUACACGACGUUCCCAAAACUUCAGGAACUUCGUGUCUGGUGGCAGAGUCUACACAGUAUUUACAUUGCACAAAACUUGCUACAUCUGGACGCCGAACGGAAUCGGAUCAACAAAAUCAGUUUCGACACAAACACAGUUCCGAUGCUACGGAAGUUAGAACUCGGUCAUAACAGAUUGAAGACCAUUGAAAACAUCUCAUACUUUGAAAAUCUCGAAAUUUUGGAUCUCUCCCAUAACGAUCUGCGUUCCAUUGAUCUGUGUUUGUUCCAGCGAAUGAAAAAUCUCCGCACGCUGGAUCUAUCGGUUAACAACAUGGCCAUCGUGAAAAACUCCAUGGAAGACAAACUCGAAUCACUGACAGUAUUAUACCUAAAUGACAAUCGGUUAUCCUAUCUGGAUAUUAACGUGUUGAAACAAUUUCCCAACCUGGAAACGUUGCAUCUAUUCAACAACGGAUUAAUGUACAUGGAGUUCGAGAACAUGCGAUCAAUGUUCCCUCGGAUCAACAUCGUUCACAUCUACGGCAACGACUGGAACUGUGAGAUUCUGGCGGAAAUGAUCAUCUACUUUAAAAAAAUCAACAUGAAAGAGUACAAACUGUUCAAUUCUCUGAAAUGUAAAGAAAAGGUAGUGGACGGAAUCUGCUGCUCCGAUGGUAAAGCCUUAAGCAUCUUGAAAAAAUCCAACCUAUACUUCUCCAACUAUGUGAACGAACUGAACCUCCAUUCGCAGCACAUCAUGCAGGAGAUGAAGCAGUCCAAACGGGAGAUCCAAAAACUAAUCGAGACGGAAAACAUGACUCAGGCCUCGCUGCGAGCAUUCAGCGACGACAUGAGUGCCAUCCGCAGUCGUAUCGAAAAUAUAUCGACGCUGGCGCCAGAUAACUCGACCCCCGUUGUCCGCCCGAGGAAGCACGAAAAGGUGGACAAACUAGUUCAGGAGAUUUAUAAAAUCAAGCAGGACUAUCAAAGUUUAAGCCGAGAAAAUCAACAAUUUAAGCAUCAAAUCGAAGGCUACGAACUGAUGAAAUCUGAGAUGGAUUCACUUCGGGCCUACUCGGAGGAGAUGAAAGCCAUUAUCAAGGAGUUGAAGGAGGAGAAUACACACCUGAAGGGUGACCUGUACCAGUUACUGCAGGACUUUCACGAACUUAAACUUAAUCGACAUCAGAAAGAGGUAUGACACUUGGGGCGCUGUGCACAAAGCAAUUGGAGCACAUGCUAAGUGUAGAAUUGAACUGAUUUGAACGAAUUUAGCAAGCUGACAGCUGCACACGGCCCAAGUGUUCAACUGAGCUGUAUCUUACCCGUUGGGGGUUAAUCUGUCUGAUAGACUCAUAGAUUGAGUUGGAUAAAUUUACCAUUAAGCUACGACGGUAGGUCAUUUCAUUUGCUGGACGAAAAAAUGUAGUGUGCAGUUUAGCGAAAAAAGCGAAGUCGAUCUUCGCUAUCUAUCUAGAGAUAUUUUCGUGCGUCGUCUGGGACGACAGGUUUCCUUGCACAUUAGAAUAGUGGGAAUUCCAACCGCACUCGCGCAGGUGACAGACAGCUCAAUGGUGUCUGAUAGCGGUGUUAUUUUUGACGUCUCCAAGAUUAAAAAUGCCAACACAUGAGAACACGAAGAAUCUGACACACUUUGCGCGGGUGCAUUAGUAGAAGGAAAUAUUUUUUUUUAUGGCAGGACCAGAUGAAAGCAUUAGUCUUUGAUCAAUCAGUUAGAAGAAAGCCCAAAGAUAAUACCAGUGUUCGAUCCUUUAAAUACUAGAAGUAUAUUUUACCAACUUAUA